GUUUGAUAAAACCCUUCUUUUUCCCUCCAAACUCCAAAACCCCUCAAUGGCGUCUUCGACUCCCCAAACCAAGCAGAAGAAGAAGAUGAAGAAAGAAAAAUCCUACUCUCUCCAAGACCUCAAAACCUUAGGGCACCAGCUCCUCUCUUCAAGAUCCCACAUCAACAACGCUCCAAUCCUACUCUCAUUCAUAUCUCCUUCUUCCCCUCGCGAACACGCCCUAGAAUCCCUCCUCUCCCUCCAGUCUUUCUUCGUCCCUCUUCUCUCCGACCUCCCUCCAUCAUCUUCCAAGGCUUUCGCUUCCGCCAAGAAAGACGACCCCGAGUCCGUCUACAGAGCGUGGCUCCGUUCGAAGUUCGAUCAGUUCGUGAACUCCCUCAUCGAUCUCUCCAUAUGUUCUGAAUCGGAAGAAGCUCUAAGGGAUGUUUCAUUGGAUGCAAUAAUGGAGUUCGUGAAGCUGGGGAAAGGGGGAACAUUUCAGUCAGCCACUUAUCACAAGCUCCUUCGUAGCAUGGUCUAUUCAACAUCUUCUGAUGAUUUUCUACUAGAUCUGCUUGUGUUGAAGUUUUUCAACUACAUGGAUAUUUGUUACUUCACAUAUAUUAGCCUUGAAAAGCUUUCCAGGAAUUUUGAGGCCACAAAUAUUGCUGACAACAAAAAUGUGAGAUCUAACGAUGAUGGGGAGCAUGUUUCAGGGUCAAGCAGCGCAGAGCUUGCUAUUCAUAAGAUGUACAAUAUUCUAUCACGCAUUCCUCCACUUGAAGGCGAGGAUGGGAAACCAAAUCAUGAGAUGUGGAGUCAGUUAGGAUUUUCAUCCAAAAAAGCAGACCACAAGACGUCUUUUGGAUCUUUGCUUGUAGAGGAUGGGGCAGAGAAAUUGAAGUGUAACAGUGAGGUUUUGCCUACAUCUUAUGUCACCAAAAAGAUGAAGUUAAAAUUUACUAAAGCGUGGAUAUCCUUUCUUAGAUUACCUCUCCCGCUUGAUGUGUACAAGGAGGUUCUGGUUUCUCUCCAUCAGAUGGUUAUUCCUUACAUGGCAAAUCCAGCCAUAUUAUGCGAUUUUUUAACAAGAUCAUAUGACAUUGGAGGUGUUACCAGCGUCAUGGCUCUUAGCAGUCUUUUCAUUCUCAUGACACAACAUGGGCUAGAAUACCCUAAUUUUUAUGAAAAGCUUUAUGCAUUACUCGUUCCUGCUGUUUUUAUGGCAAAACAUCGGGCAAGAUUUUUUCAGCUUCUGGAUUCCUGUUUGAAAUCUUCACUUCUCCCAGCAUACUUAGCUGCUGCAUUUGCUAAGAAGUUGAGCAGAUUGGCGCUGUCAGUUCCUCCUUCAGGAGCCUUGGUUAUCAUUGCUAUCAUUCACAAUCUUCUGAGAAGGCACCCAUCUAUUAACUGUUUAGUUCAUCAGGUAAUCGAGCGAGCUAACCGAGCUAACUCGGAUGCACGGGAGUCUGAUGGGGCUCCAAAUAUGUUCACCAGAAAACCAGGCGUAGAUCUUUUUAACAAUGAAGAGAAUGACCCUGCAAAGUCAAAUGCCAUGAGAAGUUCUUUGUGGGAGAUAGAUACUCUCCGCCAUCAUUACUGCCCAGCUGUUUCCAGAUUUGUUGCAUCACUCGAGAAUGAUUUGACAGUUAGAGCCAAAACAUCCGAAAUCACAGUUAACGAUUUCAGUUCUGGCUCAUAUGCCACAAUAUUUAGAGAAGAGAUCCGACGGCGUAUUAAACAGGUCCCUCUUGCAUUUUACAAAGCGACCCCGACAUCUCUGUUCUCAGAAUCUGAUUUCUCAGGUUGGACUUUUGGGUUGGGACAGAGUGACAAAGAAAAUGCAGGUACUAACAGAACUAGUGAAACGUACACAUGCGAGGAAGAUGAUUACAAAUCCCCAAAGAGGAAACGGAUUGAAUGCUCCUGAUCAAGAUUGAUUUAUGGUUUCAUUCUCUUAUAUUGUUAGGCCUGAAGGCCUUUUUUGUUGUUCCAUAUUAGCUUCGUGAUCGAAUUGUUGGGUUAAGAUAAUUUAUAUGAUCAAUUUUGAUUUUCAAGUAUGAUCAUUUAUCUAUCUGAUUAUAUUUUGGAGUCCGUUAAACCAGUUUUAGGGAUU